AUGGAUGGCUACUCCCUCCUCUACAGUUCCUCCCACAGAACCGGACUCCUCUCCGGCUUCCAGCGCCUGCGCUCUGGGGGGAACAUGUGCGACGUGGUCCUGGAGGCCGGCGGCGUGUCUUUCCCUUGCCAUCGCGCCCUUUUGACCAGCUCAAGCGAGUAUUUUUGGGCUCUGUUUGGAGAGACUACCGCGGAGAGAUUAGCGGGCUCCGUUAGCCUCCCGGCGAUAACGCCUGAGGGUUUAGACGCCAUUUUGAACUUCCUGUAUUCCGGGUGGCUCAGCGUAUCCUCGCCGACACUUCCCGCCGUCUUGGAGGCAGCCAGGUACCUGCAGGUGGAGACGGCCGUGUCGAUAUGCGAGCGCUUCAUGACUGACGGUUUGAACGCGGACGAUUGCUGUCGCUACGCUAACCUGGCCGAGCGUCACGCCCUCUCAGAUGCCCUUGAAGCUGCCAAUCAAACCGUCGCUAUGGAGAUGGGGACGUUGCUGCAGGAGAGCAGGGACGACCUUCUCAGGCUGAACAUCCAAUCGCUGAUGGCGGCGCUCGACGCGGACGAGAUACCCGGCGUCAAGGAGGUGGAGCUCGUAAAGCUGGCUCUGGAUUGGCUGGAUGAGAAUGGGCCCCUCCCGCUGCUGAAAUCAAACCUCCUGCUGAGUCGUCUGCGCUUCGGAUUGGUCGCCCCCUCUGACCUUGCCGAUCUUAGCUCCGCCCACACAGCCAUGGCCACACCUCUCAUCAGAAGCCAGCUGACUCGGGCGCUGGAGUACCACAGGUUGGGUUCGGCUCAGCCAAUCAGACAGAGCAAACAGUCGACCCUCAGGGCGUCGCCCGAUCGCGUGCUGCUCGUGGGUGGAGGAUCCAGCCCUGAUUGGCCGGAGCGGCAGAUGCUGGCGUUCGACCCUAGAAGCAGGAAGUUUUCGCCUCUGAGCUCCGGCGUCCCGCUGCGACUGAGACAUCACCGCGUGUGCUCGGCGGGAGGUUUCCUCUUCGUGAUCGGCGGAGAGGAAGUGAACGAGGGAGGCGAGGAGGGGAAAAAGUCCGUCGCCGGGGCAACAUCCAAGCAGGUGUGGCGCUACGACCCCCGCUUCGACCACUGGGAGGCGAUGGCGUCCAUGCUGGAGAGGCGGGAGCAGUUCGCCUGCUGCGUGGCGGAGGACGUCAUUUACGCCAUCGGGGGACGACGCCCGCGACCGGACGCCGACGCGCACGCAUCCGUAGCGUCCGUCGAGUUUUACGACGUGGCCACGGGAGCGUGGCGGAGAGGGGCGAAGAUGCCCCGCCCCCUUCACGGCCACGCCUCUGCCGCGCUCGACGACGGCAUCUACGUGUCCGGCGGACGUUCGGGCGACCGGGGCGACGACCGGGGCGACGACCGCGGCGACGACCGGGGCGACGUCCGCGGCGACGACCGUGACGCCCGCAGAGAGAGCAGCAGGGAAGUCCUGUUCUGGGACCUCAAAGGCAGAGUUUGGGAGAAGCGGGCGUCCAUGGCCAUCGGCAGGUUCGGCCACCGGCUGGCGGCGGCCCACGGGUUCCUCUACGCCCUCUUGGGAAUGCACGAGCCCUUCUGCGACAUCGAACGGUACGACCCGCGGUCGGACCACUGGACCCGCCUCCGGCCGCUUCUCGCCGGCUCCUUCAACUACGGGAUGGCGGCGACGGCGUCUGGGAAUCUGCUGGUGUUCGGCGGGAGGAGGUGGAGCGACGGGCGGGAGGUGACAGUGAGGAGUGUGAUGGAGUACGACACCAAGGCGGAUCGCUGGAGAGAGAUCUGCCAGCUCCCCGGACCUCUCACUGGGACUGAGUGCACACCGCUGCCUCUUCCAGACUGA